UGAAGCAUUGGAAGAAAUCACUGGAAGAGAAGAAGACGAAGAAGUAGAAGAAACUAGGAUGCAAACACUCCAUCAAACCUCCAUCACUUCAGACAAGUUGUUUCAACGGAUCUAAUACUACAUGAGUUCCCAAAACUAAACAGACUCAGGCUCAACUAUUUAAGCAGUUUUAAGAGCUUCAUAUCUGAAUUGAACAAUGAUAGCAUUCAUCGAGCGUUGUUCAACCAGGUUACGUUUCCUAACAUGGAGGAGUUGUUUGUUUGUGGCUUGGAUUGUAUUGUAAAGCUAUUGGGCAAGGAAAUGCCAAUAACAUCCCUGCAUAAACUAACAGAACUGCGGGUGCGGGAUUGUGCAAAAUUGCUGACCAUUGCAGAUUGUGAUUCAAUUCAGUUACUUGAAAAUCUUGUUUAUCUUAGUGUGAAGGGAUGUAAUGCACUUAAAGUAUUCUUUGACUUUGAGGGUAUAAAGGUCACUAAUUAUGAUGCAGAAAUUAAUAUGCUUGGUCGAUUAACAAAAUUGCGGCUGGAGACACUACCACAAUUGGUGCACAUUACAAUGAUGGUUCCAAAAGGAAUUUGGGUCCUCCAAAAUUUGAGAGAGCUUGAUGUUGAAGAUUGUAAGAGCUUAAAAUGCUUAUUCUCACCUUCAAUGGCCACUUCUCUUGCGGCUCUGGACAUUCUAAAAGUUUCAAAUUGUGCAUCAAUUGAAGAGAUUAUUGGAAAAGAAGAAGAAGGCACUUCAAACAUUAAAAUAGUUGAAGGAAUGGAAACUAGAAUUGUGUUCCCCAAUAUGAAACAUCUACUGCUCAAGAAUCUUCCAAGUAUUCAAAUGUUUUGCUCUCAGAAUUAUGAACUUUCAUUCCCUUCAAUGGAGAACUUAACCGUUGAACAGUGCCCUAAUAUGACGAAAUUCAGUCCACGACCACUAAGUGCACCAAAGCUUAGUAAAGAUACAAGAGCGUGUUACAAAUUUCUUGAUAUUUCCAAUUUGUUGGAUGAGUCAGGCGGGUCACCAGAGGAGGAACAAGAAAUUUGUAACAAAUAAUACUCAACGUGAUUACUUUUAGUUUCUUAUUUCCUAGGUAUAAAUUCUGAUGAAAUCCUUUCUUAUCCAUAGAUUAUCUAUUUGAAUUCUACGUAUUGACUCAUUUAAUCACUGAUUAAAUAUUUAGAACUCGUGUAAUAAGUAUUCUUACUCUUAUUUGAAAUCUCGCAAUAUAUUAUGAUUGA